CGCAGCGCCUCCGCCGCUGCUGACGUGAUGACGUUAGCGAGCCCGCCCGUCCUGACCGGGCCUCGUAUCGCCCUCUUGGCAGCUCCGGGAUGGAGGCGCUGCGGGCGGCGGGACGCGCCGUGCUGCGGAGUCCGCGCCUCGCCCGGCACGGCCUGGGGCUCCGCCGGCGGCGCAAGCUUCCUGAGAGCUGGGCUGAUAUGCAGGAGCCACUGCUUGAGGGGAUGUGCUUCACGCUCAAGUAUCUAGGCAUGACACUGGUAGAAAAACCCAAGGGAGAAGACAUGGCUGCUGCUGCCAUUCGCAGGAUCGUGGCCACAGCACGGGCAGGCGCUCGCAAGUUCCAGAAGGUGAUUCUGACAGUGUCUCCGAGGGGCAUCUCGCUUCAGGAUGCAGACACAAAGGAGAUGGUUGAGAACAUCUCCAUCUACAGGAUCUCCUACUGCACAACAGACAAGCUGCAGAACAAAGUCUUUGCUUAUGUUGCCCAGAGCCAGGAGAGCGGGGCACUGGAGUGCCAUGCCUUCCUCUCACCCAAGAAGAAGAUUGCUCAGGCUGUGACUCUGACUGUGGCCCAGGCCUUCCAGAUGGCAUUGGAUCUCUGGGAAGCAGCACAUGCAGGCUCUAGGCAGGAACAGCCCCUUCACCCUUCAUGUGUCUUGGAGAGCAGUGAGCCCGGCAGACCAAGUGAGCCAGCCCCCCCGGGGAGCCCUCCCUUCAGACACCAGUUUGGGGAGGAGGAAGAGGAGGAAGAAGAUGAUAACAUCGUUGAAACCUUAUCUGGAGUCAGCACCUCCUGUGCCCAGAGUGAGCUCUCCUACUGCACAGCUACUGUGCUACCGUUUGGGGCAACCCCCAGACAGCUAGAAGGAGCUGGCGGUGGCUGGAGACCGCCACACAGGUGGCCCCAGGACUGCUGGCCCCAAAACUCCCCUGGGCUAAGCCAGAUCUCUGCAACCAUGGACCAGCCACUCAGGAUUCACCCUGUGCCUGCUUCUGGGCCAGACAGGCCUGCUCCUGCCACUGCCCACCAGGCGCGGGGUCUGCUGGCACCGUUGCCAUGCAGUGCACAGACUGUGACAUCCGCUCCUUGUCCUGCUUUCUGCCUGCAUGAACUGCCUCAAGCUGCAGCUGUUCCCAGCUCAGGCUGGUGCCUGCUUCCAGUGCAUGCAGAGCCACCCCAAGUGCUCUGAGCUUGCAGGAUGCAGCCAGUGUGCCUUGGAUUGCACUGUGUCUGACCUGCCUUGCUUGUUUCUUCCACUUUUCUCCUCGUGGUGGCAGCUGGGGACCAGUUGAAGCUGUGCAGCCCCCCUGCAGAUGGUGGAAUACUUGCUUAGCAUGAGUGACCCUCAGGGAGCAAUAGUUCUUGGCCUGGAGGAGUGAGAGAGGCCUUGCCCCUGCCGUUCAGCCCCACACCGUCUCACGAGUGGAAAUGAGCUGGUUUUUAAGGGAAAGCUAUGCCCUUAUAGGGAAAUAAAAUGAUUUUUUUU